GUUGGAAUGAGCGCAGGCUUCCUGUCAUUUGUUGCUUUAGAAGUUCUUGUUCAGGUUAUAAAAACCCAGGUGGAAGAUCAUAUAAGAAGUCACUUCCUGGGCCUGCUGCAUCUAACUAAUGCCUCUCAAGACGAUUUAAAAAUGCUAAACAUCGCACAGAUGCAAUUUCAGUGUUGUGGAGUCGAACAGGGUUACCUGGAUUGGAAGAACAACAUUUCACAAACUUGUCUGUGUGAUAAUAUGUCAAUAAAUCCAUGUGUGCCAGCUCCAAAAGGCAGCUUCCAGUUUACAGUGGAAGGUCCUGAAGAUCAGCCCAUCAUGGUUUAUUCAAAGCCUUGUAUUCCAUUGAUUGUUGAAGAAAACUAUUUUUAUCUUAAUAUCGCUUCUUGUAUCAAUGCGGGAUUCAUGAUAUUAUGGAUGUUGCCAAUAGGGUUGUGCAUUGCCAUUCUGUGUCAAAUCAAUAAGAAGCUGGAAACUCCUGAGGUGGUCUACAGUAAGGAAGCAAGAGCUGGAAAGUACACUUGUCUAGUAGAGACCCCAGACGAUUACAUAGCAUGAUUUCAGUGAUUUCAUCUCCAUUUUCUUCUCGACAUGACUGAAGGGGUAAUAAUGACAAAAUAUAUGAAACUUUGCAAUAUUAAACCAACAAUCAGUUUCAGUUUUUUGUAGAAAUUUGAGCAAACAAAUGUAUUUAAUGUCAUAUCAUUUAAGGGUAGGGUGGACUGGACUGUGAUUUAAUAAAAAUUAUCGUUUAAGGACCAGAUCCAUUUUAAGAAAUACACAGAAUCAUAUUAACGAA